AUGCAGGUCGGCCUCACCACCAUCCGGCUCUUCGCAAGAUGCCCUGAUGCCGUCCGGAUACGCUCAGUUUCCUUCCGGCUCUUUCAUUCCACACUCAAGCAGCCCCAUGACGAUUCCGCCAAACCUCAGCGUCCGCUUCAGGAACAGAGAAUACCGUCGCGAAUACACAUUAUAGGUGUGGGAAAUAUUGGAGGAUUCCUGGCCCACUCUUUAGCUGGUGAUACUAAACACCUGCCAAUAACCCUCUUACUGCACAACUCCAAGACACUGGAACGGUGGGGAAAGAAUAGGCAACGGAUAACGUUGGUACGAAAUGGACUCGCAGAGCAUAGAUGGGGCUUCGAUAUCAAUGUUAAAAGAGAUGGUGUUUGGUAUUACGUGCCGCAGGAUUCGAAACUAGCCCAGGAACAGAAGAGAGCUGGCGGGUAUGUUGAGCGAGAUCCCAUAGACGCAAACGAGGAAAUUAUUGACAACUUGAUCGUCGCUUCGAAGGCUACAAGGGUGCGGUGGGUGUUAGAAUCUGUUAAACAUCGUCUCACCCCGUAUUCUACAAUUGUCUUCGUACAUAAUGGCCUAGGGGUCCAGGAACAAGUGAACGAACACGUUUUCCCCGAUCCGAAGACUCGCCCGAGUUACAUUUUUGGAGUAAUCUCUCAUGGGUUGUUUAAGAUGGAUCAUUUUGUGAUCAAACAUGCAGGAGUCGGGACAUGUUUAUUGAGCAUCGGAUACACAAACCCGCUGGCCAGAGCCAAGACGGAAAAGGAUAUCGUGGAGUAUAAGAAGACGCGGGAACUGGAACGAAUAGCAGUCGGUCAUGAGCAAACAGAAGAACAACAAAAACAGGAGGGAGAAAAUAUAAUACAGCCAGGAGAACUCCAGGAUGAAGAACGGCUACAACACCAAAAAGACCUCCUAUCACUCCAUGAAGAAGCCGAAUCAAGCAUGCCCAAAGAUGUGUGGUCAUCCUCCUCUCUCUACCUAAUACGGGUCUUAACCCGUAACACCCAGCUAGUCGCCGCCGCAGUUCCUUCGGACACUUUCCUCCAACACCAACUUGAAAAGCUGGCCAUAAACUGCAUCAUCAACCCUCUCACCGUCAUUUUCGACUGUUUCAAUGGUGACCUCCUCUACAACUACCAUAUCUCCCGUGUCCAACGGCUACUCCUCCUUGAAAUCUCUGCUGUCAUCUGCGCUUUGCCGGAACUGCAGGGAAUUCCCGGUAUACAAGCGCGGUUCGCGCCUGACCGCUUGCGCACCCUUGCGGUGAGUGUUAUGGCGAACACGGCCAAGAACAUCAGUUCUAUGCUGCAGGAUGUGCGGCUGCGAAAUCCGACGGAGAUUAAGUAUAUGAAUGGUUAUAUUGUGAAGAGGGGGGAGGAGUUGGGGAUCAAGUGUGCAUUGAACUACAUGGUGGUUCAGAUGGUGUUGGCUCGAGAGAAAAUUAAGCUCGCGAAGGAAUUUGGAGAUGUCCCUAUGGUUAUUGAGCCGGAGGUGGCUGGGCGGGCUUAGAUGAUAAUGAUAUUUUCAUUUGUACUCGUAUAGGACAUAUAACUAACUAUGGCUUUCGGUGUUGGCAUAUCCUAAGGAUAAAAUAAAGCCCCCUUCUCCCUUUAAGUUAGACAACUUGAUAUCAUUAUCUCCAAUAAU